UAUCAAGCAGCAGAAUGCCUACACAACCAACUCUGACCACCAUCAAUUACAAUCUCAACCACCAUCACUGCCUACACAACCAACUCUGACCACCAUUAAUCUUCACCACCAACCCCAUUACUCAUUCCUCCUACACCAUAAAUCCCUUUACUUCCUAUAUUAGUCCCCUAUGCACCAAAGGCAUCCUACACCAUUACAUUACUUCCCUUCUUCCCUUGUUGCAGGAAAUAACCAGAAGAAAUGGAACAAGAUCCACCAUCAACCUUCAUCCGCCCUUGCAAACGCCAAGACAACCUUGCCUCCAGCUCUCGUCCUCUCAUUCCCGGCCCAGCUGGCGCCGUCCAGGCCGCCAUGAUUCACCGCAGAUCCACCGACGACAAACCAAACAUUUCAACCCAACAAUUCGUUAGGCAAGUCCUCCAAGACGGCCACGACACCGAUCCCGAUUUCCAAUCCAAUGCUUGGCUUUCAGCCCUGCAAUUAAACGGAUCUGCCACUCCUCUGGGCGCAAUCACUCACCAUCAUGAAAGAGUAGAUCACGUCAUCGGUGUUAUCAAAUCCUGCAAUCCCAAUGGGUUUGGAGAUGCAACAGUUACACUCAAGGUAUUUCCUUAUUCCUCCUUAUAUUUCAGUGAAAUGAUUCAUGUUUCUCUCAUGACAUCUGAGAUUGAGAUUCAGGACCCUACGGGCACUGUUGGCGCUAGUAUCCAUCACAAGGUCUUCACUGAAAGCGUAUUUGCGAAAGACAUAACUGUUGGAUGUGUUCUGCUUCUCCAAAAGGUCGCUGUGUUCUCUCCUAGAAAGUCUAAUUGUUAUCUGAAUAUAACCUUGUCCAAUGUAGUCAAGGUAUUUUCAAAGGACAGUGCACCUCCACCUGGAAGCUUCACAAACAUAACAGAAGAUUAAUAUUAGUUCUUUACUAAUCUAUAUUAAGGACUAUUUGUGUAACUUUUGAAAUGCUGAACUUAGAUUUCGUAUUGUUAUUUUGCUUUACUUUUCUAAUGCUUAACUUGGAUUAUUGUAUUGUAAUUUUGUUUAAAUUGGAUUAUGUAACUUUUCAAUUUUAAAGUCAUGUUAUAUUUGCUGCAAUUGGACUAAAGUCAUGUUAUUUUAACUGUAAUUAAAGAAUCCGAAGGUUUAACUCUCGGACUAGUCCAGAACAUCAACCUCUGGACUGGUAUGGAGGUUUAAGUCCCGGAGGGUAUUCCCGGCAUUUUUUUAAAAAGACUAGGGUGGCAAUUCUAAACCCAGGGGUGGGAA